UUCGUGAUUCAAUAUUUAUUCAAUUUCUAUUUUGUUUUGUUUUGUUUUAUUCAUCCUUUAACAAUAUAAACAUGAACAUGAAAUUUAUUAUUUUGACAAUCAUAGUCAUAUUUACCAGUUUACUUAUAUAUGGAUAUAAUGCAGAAAAAGCUCAAUGUGGAAGUGUUAGUUGUGAUGUUGGAGAAACAUUCUUACAUGAACGUUAUUGUUGUAAAGAUUUACUUAAUCGAGAUGAUUGUUGCAAGAAAAUUCGGUCAAAUAACGAGAAUGGAUUCUUGAAUACAUAUAUAUAUGCUGUACACACAUUGGUUUGAACGAACAAUCAAAGAGGAAUGAAGUGAAAUGAUGCGCUGUGGAGAAGGCGGGUAAGCCAAUUCCUAUUUAAUCAAGAGUUAAUCAAUAUUUAUAGCCAGAUAAAAAUAAAUUACUGUUACGGCAUAAAGCCGGCAAUCAGAGGCAGUCAAUUAUUAAUCGAUCCGAUCAAUGACGCGUAAAACCUGUACGAGCAGCCCAGAGUCCUGAUUGAUCCUGCUUUCCACCUAACCCAGCCAAUUAAGUCCAGAACACCAAUCUCAGAAUCUGCAAUAUGAAUCAUGUAUUACAAACGUACUUAGUUUAUGUAUCAAUCAAACAGACCACAUUGUACCAUAAAAUAGAAAAUAACAUUUAUACAAGAUUUGAUCAAAUGUAGCUGUGAAUGUGGGAGGCAGUGACAAAUAGACAGGGUAUAAUUCAAGAAUGGUAAAUCGCAUAGUAGUAGUUCAUAGGUCAAAAUAAAGUUUAUAAUAAGAGGAACAUGAAUAUAAAUAGUUUAGUUAUUUAACAACUAUGCGAUAAAAAUAUACGUUCAGUAUUGGUCCACAAAUGAAUUCCAAAAAUUACCAUUCAUUGUGCUUAUCGGGACCUAACAGUUACAGACAAGUGAUGAGUAAUGGGAUAAGAAAUGUACACACAUAUAUACGCUGAUAUAAAAACAGUCAAGGUUGAUAUAAGUGAAUAAUUAACAAUGUGAACACAUGACUCCAGAAGAAUGGAUAAAUUGGCCCGCCUAGAAGCUACAAUAAGUUAUAUGGGCUUCACAUAGUAACUGAUACCAUAAACCUUACUAACAGUAAAACAGAAUCAUGUAUUCAAAACUAUAUGGUUCUAAUCAAUAUUUUACAUGAAACUAGUCAGUUAUUUGUAAAAUAUACCAAAAUAAAUUUUCAGUUUAGGGGUUGUGGAGAUUGUCAAGUUUUUGAUUGAGAUCAUGAACCGAUUGACUGAAGGCCCUGGGUUCGAAUCCCGCGAGGUGGAAUCGUGGACACGCACUGUUGAGGAGUUCCACAAUAGAAAGUACCGACUGUCCAGUGCUUCCAGGUUUCCAAUGGUGGUCUAACAUCAAUCGGUUCAUGAUCUCAAUCAAAAUAAAUUUUAUUAGAUUUCUUAUAAGAUGAACUUUAAAAAUUCAUCCAUGUAAUCUGAUCCAUAGUUUAGAUAGAACUGUAAAGGGUUUAAUUCACUCUGAAUUAUUUAUUUUAUUUAUUUAUUUAUUUAGACACAUAAACAUUGGUACAAGGAUGUACCAAAUGGAUAUGCGCCACAUAUGUCAUUCAUUCGAUUUGUGUCAGGGCUGAGAUCCUGCCCAGGUGCCCAAACCGAAUCAGGUGGUUUUCUUAGGGAGCCACACUCGAAGACUUCGACCUAAAGGUCUGGUCCACAAGGCAGUGGGGCAACAUGAAGAGAUACAGUUACAUGGUAGCCGAUGAUUAAUAAUUGGUUCAUAUGCCACUUGUUCCUUCAGUAUCCUCGAGCCUAUGUUGACCAUUGGUUUGGAAUCAAGGUUUUCCAUAUCCCUUAGUUAGAUCUUUAAUAUCCACAAAACGGUUGAAUCACCGGACAUUCGUUUUUCGUCCUUACAAUUUCUUAAACAACACCCCUGCCACGAGAAGGCAGUGGUUGUAUGCACGUGGCCAAGUGACAGUAUUUUUCGAGGGAGAGCUGACUCUUCCCACUCUCGAUAGUACCAGGACAUUUGUGUAGUUUGGUGACAGUACAAGUAUCAUUCUAUGUUUAGUUGUCAAUAAUUCAAUAUUCUUUUAAAGUAUAAGCACAUCGUUUUAACUCUAACCGUUUUUCCUGUUUUUUUCUUUUUACCAUAGUUGGAAACCAAUCACCAUUACUG